CAAUCAUACUGUUAUCAAUGUUUUUUUAUAAUUUUCAAUUCAUAAUAUUUAGUAAAUGUAAAUCUAAGAAAUAACGUUAUUUGACAUCUUUGUUUUUUUUUAUUUUAACUAUUAAUUUAAUUAAAAAUGAAUAUUCUUCCUAAAAAAAGAUGGCAUGUUCGCACAAAAGAAAAUAUUGCCCGUGUCAGGCGAGACGAAGCACAAGCAGCCGAAGAGGAAAGAAAACUAAAAAUGAGGAUACAGCUGGCUGAACAAGAAACCAAGCUAUUAAUAUUAAGGGGAAAAGCAAAAGAGAGAUAUGAUGAUACUGCUGAUCGUCCUAAAGAAGUAAUAAAAGCAGAGUCAGAGCAUGUAAAUUUUUUUCAGGAUCUUGAAGAUGGUAAUAUUGCUCACACAGGAGUAAAUAAAGAACACGAACAAGAAAAAAAGGAAGAAAAAGAAGCAUAUGAAAAAAAAAUAGGAUAUCUAACUUACCUAGGACAAGAUACUGAUGAAGCAACUGGUAAUGUUCAAUGGUAUAAUAAACUACCUGCACGUUUAGAUAGCACAAAAAAUAAUAAGGAAGUGGAAACUAAAAUAAAAGUUUUUAAUGAUCCAUUACUUGUCAUUAAAAAGUAUGUUGAUGAUGAAAAGAAAGAUAUAAACAAGAUUAAAGUUAAAAUAAAACAAAAUGAUGAAUCAUCAUCUAAAAAACAUAAAAAAAGGAAAAAGAAAAAAGAAAAAGUAAAACAUUCUUCUACUAUAGAAGAACUUAGAGCAAAAAGAUUAAAGAGAGAAAGGGAAGAAAGAUUUAGGGCUAGUCAAAUUUUAGCGAAAAUAAAUGGAGUAACACCAGUUGAAAAAAUUAAACAGAAACCUCCAGCUAUUAUACAGAAGUAUAAUUCUCAAUUUAAUCCAUACUUAGCCAAACAAAAUUAUCCCAGUAGUAGUUCAACUUCAAAUACUUGAAAAAUUAUUUAAAAUAAAUUGUUUUAAUUUUUUCCAUUGUUAAUAAUACUAUGACAUUGUAUAGUAGAAAAGACAUUGAAUACUCCAUUCGAAAAAUAUGUAUUGUUUAUUAGUAAUAAAUUAUUACCAUUA